ACUCUCGACUUCCAAAUUUAAAAGCAAUUUCUUUUGGUAAUCCCACUGCAACGAAAAAAAUAGUCAAAAAAAUAAAAACCCAAAAAAUAUUUAGUAAGUAUAUUCUAUUUUUCUAAAUUCCUUGUUUUUUCCUCUGCUUUUCAAACUCUCCCUGAACUUGCCGGCGUUUCUACUGCGUGUUUUAUUAUUCGGUGGCCUGAAAAUUUCAGAUCACUAACUGUAAAAUUAACUUCCCUAAUCUCUGUUUCUCUCUCUGGAUAUACGAUGUAUACGUGUGUUUCUCUCUCACACACAUAAACACACGCACUCGUUCAUUCACGCCGGCACUUAAUUGCAGAUGUGCCUGUGUUAAUUGCUGUAGUGGUGAAUUUUGAAGAUUCUGGCACGGGCCUCACUAAUGUAUUGAAGCAGAUCGCUGGUGUUGGAGGCGAUCGAUGAUCGGUUGGUGCGGUUUUUGACAGAAAUUGCGGUCAAUUUUGUGUUUAUGUGGUUUAACUGCUGGGAGGUUAAUUUCGUGAGAGAGCGAUUAGUUUUUAAUUUUCCCUCCAAAUCAAAAUUUCUUCGGUUUUCCAAGAUCGGUACCUUAUCGUUUUUAUGAGCAGCAUAGGCUUGAUUAACUUUCCGGAAGUGAAGAGUAGCUCUGAGCUUCCAGAAUUAUUUUGUACUAUUUGCUGCUGGAACUUCGAAGAAUACACGAAGGUUUUCUUCCUAGAUUAAUAAAAAGGCAUACCGUGUCUGGGGGAAGUUUGCGGAAAAUUGUGCAACUUCCAGAGAUGUCAAACUCGAAAGUGGUGUAUGAAGGAUGGAUGGUGAGGUAUGGGCGCCGGAAGAUUGGAAGAUCAUUUAUUCACAUGCGAUAUUUUGUGCUCGAAUCUAGGUUGUUGGCGUAUUACAAGAAGAAGCCCCAAGACAAUGUGGUGCCUACCAAGACCCUUCUUAUAGAUGGCAACUGUAGGGUGGAGGACAGAGGACUGAAGACUCAUCAUGGACAUAUGGUGUAUGUGCUGUCUGUUUACAACAAGAAAGAGAAAUAUAAUCGAAUCACGAUGGCAGCUUUCAACAUUCAGGAGGCACUCAUUUGGAAAGAGAAAAUUGAAUCUGUUAUUGAUCAGCAUCAAGAAUCUCAAGCUACUAAUGGUAACAAAUACCUUUCUUUUGAAUAUAAAUCGGGUGUGGAUAAUGGGAGGAAUGCUUCAUCAUCAGAACAUGAUAGUCAGUUUAGUGCUGCAGAAGAUGAAGAUGAUUCUCAUCGAAGUUUGUUACGUAGAACAACGAUAGGAAAUGCAGGCCCCCCUGAGUCCGUUUAUGACUGGACGAAGGAAUUUGAUUCUGAUUUGGCUAAUCAAAAUUCAAACAACCAGGCAUUUUCUAGAAAGUAUUGGCGCCUUCUCCAGUGCCAAAAUGGUCUUCGGAUUUUUGAGGAGCUUGAUGAAGUAGACAUUCUUCCAAAGAGCUGCAGUAGAGCAAUGAAAGCCGUUGGGGUGGUGGAAGCUACCUGUGAAGAAAUAUUUGAAUUAAUAAUGGGCAUGGAUACGACACGAUGCGAGUGGGAUUGCAGUUUCCAGUAUGGUAGCUUAGUGGAAGAAGUAGAUGGACAUACAGCUAUACUUUACCACAGGCUUCAAUUAGAUUGGUUCCCGCUGUUUGUAUGGCCUCGUGACCUCUGCUAUGUGCGCUAUUGGCGUAGAAAUGAUGAUGGGAGUUAUGUUGUGCUAUUCCGUUCUAGGGAGCAUGAGAAUUGUGGUCCUCAACCUGGAUUCGUGCGAGCUCAUAUUGAAAGUGGAGGGUACAAUAUUUCACCUCUGAAACCUCGUAAUGGGAGGCCCAGAACACAGGUCCAGCAUCUUAUGCAAAUUGAUCUGAAAGGCUGGGGAGUGGGUUAUGUAUCAUCAUUUCAGCAGCAUUGUCUCCUUCAAAUGUUAAAUAGUGUUGCUGGGUUGCGAGAAUAUUAUUCUCAAACUGAUGAAAGACCUGUGGCUCCUCGCAUUCCUGUUAUGGUCAAUAUGACAUCAGUAUCCAGCUCUUCAAAGAGGAGCAAGAAACUCCAGUCAUCUUCUGCUCAUCAUCGCAGUUCUUCACUUGAUCAAAUACAUGCAGCAAACAGAAAUGCUGUUUUAAUGGAUGAAUACUCUGAUGAAGAUGAAGAUCUUCAGGCUGAUCAAGAGGCUAUGUCGUCUGCCUUUGAGGUUGAAGACAAGAGAACUGGCUAUGAAGAAGAGUCUACAGACCAAAUAGAUUUGUCCAUAUUCUCUGGCAACCUUCGACGUGAUGAUCACGAUAAGGCUCGCAACUGUUGGACAUUGUCGAAUGGAAACAACUUCAGAGUUCGUAGCAAGAGGUUCUGUUAUGACAAAUCAAAAAUUCCUGCAGGCAAACAUCUUAUGGAUCUAGUUGCUGUAGAUUGGUUUAAAGAUACAAAAAGAAUGGAUCAUGUAGCUAGACGCCCAGGUUGUGCAGCUCAGGUUGCUUCAGAUAAAGGACUUUUCUCUAUUGUGUUUAAUCUUCAAGUACCUGGAUCGACCCACUACAGCAUGGUAUUUUAUUUUGUGAGCAAGGAACUAGUACCAGGAUCUCUUUUGCAGAGAUUUGUUGAUGGGGAUGAUGAGUUUCGUAAUAGCAGACUGAAACUUAUUCCAUCAGUGCCUAAGGGUUCUUGGAUUGUACGCCAGAGUGUUGGCAGCACCCCUUGUUUACUGGGGAAAGCAGUUGAUUGCAACUAUAUUCGUGAUCCCAAGUACUUGGAAGUUGAUAUUGAUAUUGGUUCUUCCACUGUGGCAAAUGGAGUCCUGGGCCUUGUGAUUGGCGUUAUUACGACACUGGUGGUUGACAUGGCUUUUCUUGUACAGGCCAACAGUACAGACGAGUUGCCGGAGCGGCUGAUUGGUGCUGUAAGAGUUUCUCAUAUAGAAUUAUCAUCAGCUAUUGUGCCGGUGUUGGAGUCCGAUCCUUCAGAUUCACUUAAAACAUAGUGCCUAUAUUAUACAUAAACAAAAACAAUUGUUGCUAUUCAAGUACAUAUACUACUUACUACAUUCUUUCAAUAUUCAAUAUCUCUAACUCUCACCAUGUAGAAAUUAUUUUUCCUGACAAUUGAGUUCAAUGCAGUGAAAUUGUCUUGAUUUUA